UAAUAAACUUGGCUCAUAAUUAAACUGGGAUACAAAAAAAUGCUCAUCAAGUAUAAAAACAGACCAAAAAAGCUGUUCAAAUCAAUUCGUAAUCUUCAUUGAUAUACUUUCUGAAACCUAAAACCUAAACCAGAAUUAAAAUGAAAUUGUCAAUUGUAUUAAUUGCCAUCGUCUUUGUCUCAACAAUCAGUGCUGCUCCGAUUGAAGAGCCAAGUGCAUAUCGUGAGGCCGUUACCAACCUUAUUUUGAGCCAUGUGAAGCUUUGGGAAAGUGCUACUCCUGCAUGGGAUGCAGAAGCUUCACUCGAAUCAAAUGUGUUGGCAUAUGUCUUUGGUCCUACUGGUCCUGGAUGGGAUCCCGAUCUUAGCACUGACAAAAAUGUUGAUAAAAUCCUAAAUUCAUUGAAAAUUGCAGAAAUAGACAAAUCUAUCGCUCAAAACGCUGCAAAUUUGGUGGGCGAUUUCAUGAUGGAUCUGCCACUUCCAUUGUUUUUUCCACAUGUGCAAAUAGGAAAGCAAAUUGUUAAAGAUAUUUGUCAAAAGUAUUUUCCAGGUGUACAUGAACACGAUACAAUUGGUGGUGAGUUUGAAGAAUGGAUCGAUAGCCAUGAUGAUCUUAAAGGUUUGGAUGGAAAAGAGUUUAUUGUAAAAUUUUUAACCAAAAUUUUUAGCCACUUCAAUAUAUCUGAUAUCGGUCCUAACAGUACUUUGGAGGAAAUUGCUGGUAGAUUCGCUGAAUUAUUAUUCGAUACACUAUAUUCUUUCAAUGAAUUGAUGAACUCUUAAACUGAACUUAUACUU